CAACCUUCCGUUUUACGGCAUGCUCUUCUCCCGACCCUUUGGGAAUCCCAAUACAAUCCCUCUUGCGAAGCUGUAUCCCUCUGCUCCUCGCCUCUCCCAGUUUACACGCCACUUUGCUCUCUCGUUAAACACCAUGGCCCCAACCCCCAAGUCAUACGACUUCAUUGUCAUUGGAGGAGGCAGUGGCGGUUCUGGUGCAGCCCGGAGAGCGGCUGGAUGGUAUGGUGCGAAGACAUUAAUGGUUGAAAACGGCAGAUCCGGUGGCACAUGCGUGAAUGUCGGCUGCGUACCAAAGAAGAUGACUUGGUACUUUGCCUCUGUGAAUGAGACUCUGAAGGGCGCUCCGAACUAUUUUUACGACGUCCCGGACAACGUCAAGUUCCACUUCGACAAUUUCAAGAAGAAGCGAGACGAGUCAAUCUUGAGAUUGAAUGGCAUUUACGAGAGGAACUGGAGUCGAGAGGGUAUUGACCUUGUUCAUGGGACGGCAAAAUUUUCGGGGGAGAAAGAGAUUGAAGUUGAUAUGCAAGAUGGAUCAAGAAAAGCUUUCUUCACUGCACCACACAUCCUGAUUGCCACUGGUGGCCACCCUAUCAUCCCCGAUGUUGAAGGGGCAGAGCACGGGAUCACUAGCGAUGGCUUCUUCGACAUUGAGCAUCUGCCCGAACGGAUGGCGGUUGUCGGUGCCGGCUACAUUGCCGUCGAAAUGGCAGGCAUGUUAAAUGCGAUUGGUGUCGAGGUCCACAUGUUCCUUCGUGGAGAGACAUUCCUGCGAACAUUCGACCCUAUGAUCCAGGAAACAAUGACCAAGGCUUAUGAGGAUGCAGGUGUGAUUAUCCACAAAGGCUAUCCAGGUUUUAGGAAGAUUGAGAGGCUCGAUCACACUUUGUCUUCCGCGCCGGAUACCAACGCUCACGGGAAAUGGGCAAAUGUGCCAUCUCGACAUAAAAUAUUGCAAAUAACUGACAAUGAAGGCCAAAUAUUUGAUUUCAACGAACUGCUUUGGGCUAUUGGGAGGGAGCCUGAAAUCAAGCCACUAGACCUUCACAUUCCUGACAUUAAACUUACCAAAAAGGGUCACAUUUCUGUCGACGACUUCCAGAAUACGAAUGUAGAUGGGAUAUACGCGCUCGGCGAUGUCACAGGCCAGGCUGAGCUGACUCCAGUUGCGAUCGCUGCAGGCAGGCAGUUAGGGAAUCGACUCUUUGGACCUCCAGAACUCAAGUGGUCAAGACUGUCAUACGAAGGCAUCCCCACAGUGGUCUUCAGCCACCCUGAGGUUGGCACAAUUGGGUUGACGGAGCCGCAAGCAAUUUCCAAGUACGGUCAACAGAACGUCAAGGUGUACAGAACGAAGUUCACCGCAAUGUAUUUCGACGUCUUCCCUGCUGAAGAGAAGAAAAAACAUCCGACACAGUACAAGAUCGUCUGUGCUGGGCCGGAUGAAAAGGUUGUCGGUCUCCACAUUCUCGGGGAGGGUUCGGGCGAGAUGCUACAAGGCUUCGGGGUGGCAAUUAAGAUGGGAGCUACAAAGGCCGAUUUCGAUGGUUGCAUUGCGAUACAUCCCACUUCUGCCGAAGAGCUAGUCACAAUGCGAUGAGUUUCAAAUUAGGAAUAGCUCUCAAUUGCCGUGAAAGGAAGACGAGGAACAUGUCGACUUUGUUAACCUACAUCAAAAGGCUUCCUUCUAGGGUGGGGGAAGAUAGUUAGUUCCAGGGGAGCGGCCAUGGAGUGAAAAGGUUCGAUAGAUGCCUACACAGAUAAAUGGGAACUCGCAAUCCUCAACACUAG